ACCCCCCCAUAUUUUAUUUUUUUUUUAUUUGUGUGUGUGCGUGCGCGGCUGUGUGUUUGUUUCUGCAUGAAAAGAGGGGGAUCGGAAGAGGAGUCCUGCGUGGAAACUCUGCGGCGGCGGCGGCGGGCGGCGAGGCGGCGGCGGCGGCAGCAAUGCCGCGGAGAAAGCAGCAGGCACCCCGGCGCUCCGCAGCAUAUGUUCCUGAGGAAGAAUUGAAAGCAGCAGAAAUAGAUGAAGACAGCGUGGAAGAUGAUGGGCUGUCUCUGGACAUCCAGGAGAAUGAGUAUUUGUGCAAUGAAGAAGCGGAGAUCAAAGAGGCUCAAAGCUACCAGAACUCCCCAGUCAGCACUGCAACUAAUCAGGAUGCAGGCUAUGGUUCGCCGUUUAGUGAAAACAGCGAUCAGCUGGCCCAUUUCAAAAGCACUUCCUCUAAAGAAGAGAAAGAGGAUCCUCAGUGCACAGACAAUGUUUCCUAUCCACAGGACAGCUUGGCACAAAUAAAAGCUGUGUAUGCAAAUUUGCUUUCAGAGACUUGCUGGUCCAGUUUAGCUUUGGACUUAAAGAAAUCCAAUCCAACCACCAGCAACAACGGAAUCAGCCAGAAUGAAAACAUGACCAGUACUGACGCCAAUGCCAAUUCCCAGAGUACUUGUACUACCAGUACCAGCACUAGUACCAGUACAACCACCAGUAGUACUAGUAACAGUAACAGUAACAGUGGUGGCUCGGGUUACGACUGGCACCAAGCUGCGCUGGCUAAAACUCUGCAGCAGACGUCAUCGUACGGACUUCUCCCGGAGCCGAGUCUCUUCAGCACAGUACAGCUUUACCGGCAAAACAAUAAACUCUAUGGGUCUGUGUUCACCGGUGCCAGCAAGUUCCGAUGCAAAGACUGCAGUGCAGCCUACGACACGCUGGUGGAGCUAACAGUGCACAUGAAUGAAACCGGACAUUACCGUGAUGACAACAGAGAUAAAGAAGCUGAUAAGACCAAGCGGUGGUCAAAGCCUAGGAAACGAUCGCUUAUGGAAAUGGAGGGCAAAGAGGAUGCCCAGAAAGUGCUGAAGUGCAUGUACUGCGGGCAUUCGUUUGAGUCUUUGCAAGACCUCAGCGUCCAUAUGAUAAAAACAAAGCAUUACCAGAAAGUGCCUCUGAAGGAGCCAGUACCAGCCAUCACCAAAUUGGUCCCUUCUACCAAAAAGCGAGCACUUCAGGACUUGGCUUCGCCUUGUUCACCUGAGCCAACAGGGAUCACGGCAGAAGCUUCACUGGGUGAGUCUGCAAAGGAUCAGAAAACUGCCAACCCCUACGUGACUCCGAACAACCGCUAUGGCUAUCAAAAUGGUGCUAGCUACACUUGGCAGUUUGAGGCACGCAAAGCCCAAAUACUGAAAUGCAUGGAAUGUGGCAGUUCCCAUGAUACUUUGCAGCAGCUCACUGCUCACAUGAUGGUCACCGGUCAUUUCUUGAAGGUGACCAAUUCUGCUUCCAAAAAAGGCAAGCAGCUAGUGUUGGACCCAGUGGUGGAGGAGAAAAUACAGUCUAUACCUCUUCCACCUACCACCCAUACAAGGCUACCAGCCUCCAACAUUAAAAAGCAGCCCGAUUCCCCAGCGGGCUCCACAAACUCGGAGGAAAAGAAAGACCUAGAGAAGGAAAAACUGGUGGUCACUGAAACAGAGAAAAAGAUUAAGGAAGAGAGUGAGGACUCUACAGAGAAAUUUGAGCCAACAACUUUGUAUCAAUACCUCAGAGAGGAGGACCUAGAUGAUAGUCCUAAAGGUGGAAUAGACAUAUUGAAGUCCCUGGAGAACACAGUGACAACAGCCAUCAGCAAAGCCCAGAACGGAGCCCCUUCCUGGGGAGGAUAUCCCAGUAUCCAUGCAGCUUACCAGCUCCCGGGGACAGUCAAACCCCUUCAGCCCGCGGUGCAGAGCGUUCAGAUGCAGCCGUCCUACGCGAGCAGUGUGAAAUCGCUGUCGUCAGAACACAACGCACUCAUCCAUUCCCCAGGCAAUAUCACACCCCCACCUCACAAGAGCAAUGUAUCUGCUAUGGAGGAACUAGUGGAGAAAGUUACAGGUAAAAUCAACGUGAAGAAGGAAGAGAAGCCUUUGGAGAAGGAGAAGAGUUCUCCAGUUAAACCCGUGUCCCCUGCUGCUAAAGAAAACAAGGACUUCCCAAAAGCAGAAGAAAUAAAUAACAAACAGCAGCCAAAGAAGAGCUCUGAGCCUGAAGUUCAGAAGGUCAAAAAGGAUAGUCCAGCAGAAGCACAUACGCCAAAUGGUACAGAGCCACUUAAAACAAAGGUUGCAAAUGGCUGUAACAAUUUAGGAAUUAUCACAGAUCAUUCACCUGAGCCAUCCUUCAUUAAUCCAUUGAGCGCUUUACAGUCCAUUAUGAAUACCCACUUAGGCAAAAUUUCUAAGCCGGUAAGCCCCUCUCUGGACCCUUUGGCCAUGCUGUACAAAAUUAGCAACAGCAUGUUGGACAAACCCAUUUACCCAACCACUCCAGUCAAGCAGGCUGACGCUAUUGACCGGUAUUACUAUGAGAACAGCGAUCAACCUAUUGAUUUAACUAAGUCCAAAAACAAGCCUCUUGUUUCCAGUGUGGUUGACUCUGCCUCAUCCCCGCUGAGGGAGAGUGCCCUGCUGGAUAUUUCUGAUAUGGUGAAGAACCUCACCGGGCGUUUGACACCCAAGUCUUCAACUCCCUCUACUGUGUCAGAGAAGUCUGAUGCUGAUGGGAGCAGCUUUGAGGAAGCUCUGGAUGAACUGUCACCAGUACACAAGAGGAAGGGCAGGCAGUCCAACUGGAACCCUCAGCAUCUUCUGAUCCUUCAAGCCCAGUUUGCUUCCAGCUUGAGGGAGACCCCAGAAGGCAAAUACAUUAUGUCGGACCUAGGUCCACAAGAGCGGGUACACAUCUCUAAGUUUACUGGUCUUUCCAUGACCACAAUUAGCCACUGGCUGGCCAAUGUGAAGUAUCAGUUAAGGAGGACAGGUGGAACUAAAUUUUUAAAGAACUUGGACACAGGACAUCCUGUUUUCUUUUGCAAUGAUUGUGCCUCUCAGUUCAGGACUGCUUCUACAUACAUAAGUCACUUAGAGACACACCUAGGGUUUAGUUUGAAGGAUCUGUCAAAGUUGCCACUUAAUCAGAUUCAAGAACAGCAGAAUGUUUCAAAAGUCCUCACAAACAAGACUUUGGGCUCACUUGGAAUUGCCGAGGAGGACUUAGGCUCCACAUUCCAAUGUAAGCUCUGUAACCGAACUUUUGCAAGCAAGCAUGCAGUCAAACUGCACCUUAGUAAAACACAUGGCAAGUCCCCAGAGGACCAUCUGAUCUAUGUAACUGAGUUAGAAAAACAAUAGCGUCCAGGUAAGCAGCCAGGUAUGCAAGUGACCACAGGAACAUUGCACUAAACUUCUUCAUAGUACUGCACUAGGCCUGACCUGAGCCUCUGAAAUCAGUCUUACUUUUGUUGCUGAACUGCCGCCUAUCUGGACCUUGGUUUUUCUUACACUUAUUUUGUAGUUAUAUUUAUAUGCUCUUUGUCUGAUCUGUGCAUGGUUAUUUUUUGGUUUCUGUUUUUAUUUUUUGUGAGUCAAAGUCUGACCUUUAUUUUCAACAUCUGUCCUUGAUGUUAAGCUAUCUUUUGUAGAAUAUAGUGGGAGACACUAUUGAGAGACAUUAAUUUAGCCGUAAAGAAAGACACAAAGAACAAUGAUAAAGAGACAUCCUAAAAUUACAAAGUUGCCAUGACAAUAAAGGUCACAGAACCUGGUAGUGUCAAGUUUUAACCCUCUGAGAACUGUAAUAGCAUUUCUGUGCCUUUCCCAGUGACUAAAUAAGUAAAUAAGGAGAAACAAAAUAAAACAAAAGGCUUAAAGGCAUUUCAUUCAAAUAAAAGCUGUGUCGGAAGCAGGACUUUUUUUUUUUUUUUUAAUGAAUGAGCUUUUUUUUUUUUAAAUGCAGAACUGGUUUGUGAAGAUAUUGUGCAUGCAGUCCUUGGAAGAAGGAGAGCUGUGUAGUACUCAAGGGGUUAGGAAGCCACAACUGUAUAAGUUAAAUAAUGAUUAAAAAACAAGCAAACCAAUUUGCCACUAUGCCCAAACCCUCUGGAUGCUGAGAAUUGCCACUUUUUGGCAAAAGGAAAAAAAAAAGUAUGCAAGCUGUUAUUUAAAACAAAUGUAAAAAUGCUCUUUUCUUUCCUUUUUUUUUUUUUUUUCUGUAAAAUACUGCAGUUUAUAGUUAUUUACAAAUGUUAAGCUUUGGUACAAGCUGACCUUUCUAUAGUGUGCUGCAUUGGUAAAUGAAAACAAAAAAUAUGGGGCAAAUGUUGGAUUCUGUUCCUUGUAAAUUGCCAGCAUCAGCUUAAAAAAAAUACAUGUUACAUAUCGUACCAUUUUAAACUGUUCAACUUUCUUUGUACCUUCUGGCUGUAUGCUUUCUCUUUUAACUUUUUAUAUUGUCAUUUUAUAUUCAAUUUCUGUGUAUAUAAUGUAAAACCACACUUUUUGAAUAAAAUUUAGUUCCUGCAGCUUGAUAUAAAUAGAGGAAUUUUACUGGCACCUGCAUCUUUCCAGAUGCAUGUACUUAAAGGAACUAUCUGACAAAAAAAAUAAAUAAAUAAAAAUAAAGCAAGCAAUGCACUAUGAAUUAUACAUUUUGAUGUUUUAUCAUUAAUAUUGUACAGUACAUUUUGGUUCACACAAUUAAAUCCACUGUUUUCUCAAGUGUAAAAUAAACCCACAUGCAGUUCUUGAUUUA